AUGCACUUCUCUGCUCUUGCUCUGUCCGCGGCCAUUGCUCUGCCCCUGGCCAGCGCUUACCCCGUCAAGACUGAUGGCCUCCACUGCCGCUCUGGUCCUGGUACCAGCUACAGCAUAGUGAAGACCUACGCCAAGGGUACGGAGCUCAGCAUCUCCUGCCAGACCCCUGGUACCGACGUCAGCGGAGACUCCCUCUGGGACAAGACCUCCGACGGCUGCUAUGUGACCGACUACUACGUCCUGACUGGCACCAGCAACUACGUUGCCCAGAAGUGCGGCAGCAGCUCUGGCGGCGGUGGCAGCAGCGGUGGUCAAGGUGUCGACGAAGCCGCCCUUGAACUGAUCGGUUCAUUGGAAGGUUGGAGUGCCACCUACUACUAUAUCAACGGCCACAAGACUAUCGGUUACGGCCACGACUGUGUCGAGAAGAGCUGCGCUGGCAUCAACCCACCCCUUACCAAGGCUCAAGGUCUUGAUCUCCUCAAGAAGGACAUUGUCGGCUUCGAGGAGUGUGUCUGCAAGCUUCCUAAUGCUAAGGACCUCAAUGCCAACCAGUACGGUGCUCUGGUCAGUUUCGCUUAUAACUCUGGCUGCGGUGGUGUUGCCAACUACUGGCACGGAGCUAUGUCUGAGAAGAACUUCAACGGUAUCUGUGAAGCUCUGCCUCACACCAACACUCUGAACGGCGAGCUGAACAACCGCCGUCGCCAGGAGGGAGCUUUCUGCUCCAAGGCUACUACCCAGAAGUCUGGCUGUUAA